GAUGUAGUACAACUUGUGGCCAAUAUGGCGGCUGUCUUUCAAAACAAAACGACGACUCGAGAAAACAAUAAUCCAAAAAGAAAACAAGGUUUACGAUGAAGUUUGGGUUUGGAUACGAACUCUGAAGUCGAUAGGGUUGAGUCGGGUUGAUGUGAAGGCUGCCAGGAAGUGGAGAACACGCUUUCAUGAGGUAUAGGAAAUACGUAACUGAAUGAUGAGGUUCGAAGGGGGACAAGUUAGAAGAUUUUGAAGGGACACGGGGCUUCAUCAAAUGAAAGAACGUAGUACACAAUGCAUGGAAUAAAGAUCUGUUCGGAAGAGAAGGAGGCGGUUGGCUGCCAACCAACAUAAAAAGAAAAGACGACACUUCCUUGGUUUGAUUUUGAAAAGCGGAUGUUGUUGUGCUGAUAGCGCCGCUUGAUGGAGGAAGAAGACACAGCAGCCAAAUAUUUGGCCAAUCUUCGCCAGCCAGGAUGAAGUUGCGAGUUCGCCUCUGCAAGCAGACCAGCAAAGUGGACGUCGUCGGUCCGGAGUCGACUUUGGGUGAGCUCAUGGCGCACAUCCGAGACGUCCUGCUGCCCGGACGCGGACUAAGUCCCGACGUGACCUUUGCCCUUUCUCUCAACGGCACCGAGCUCCUCGCUGACACGGGUCAGAAGUUGUCGUCGUGCGGCGUCGUCCCAGGAGAUCUCAUCCGUGUCCUGCUUCCCGCCGGCGCCGGCGACAACGACAACGACGACGACCACGCUUCCCCCGGGGAUGCCGCCCGGCCCCGCGCCGGGCCCUCGGCCGCCGCCGCCCCCCCCGGGGACGCCGCCGGCCGGCUCCUCGUCGAGCCCGCGACCGGCGCCGUGACCUCCGGCCCGCCAUGUUGCGCCACCCCUCCGGACGCAUCUGAACACCGGACGCCGCCGACCCUCAGCUGGGAGCCCAUGCUGUGCGGCGAGGCCGGCGAAGGUCAGGCGCCGCACUCGCUGGAGCUGCUUUACCGCGCCGCCCGCGUAACCUGUCCCACUGACGUCGUCAUGGUGGCCGCCCACCUCCUCAUGCUGGAGACCGGAUUCACACCGCAGGGGGCUGAAGUGAAGCCCGCCGAGAUGCCGUCCGGAUGGCGGUCGUCCGGCGGCGCCUACAGACUUCAGUACACGCACACGCUGUGCGAAAGGGGCGUGGUCACGGUGGUGGCGGUGCCCAUGAGCCCCGUGCUCGUCAUCGAAGGUGGCCGACAGCGCCAGCAUGGCGGCCAAAGUCUGCGUGGACCCCAGCAGCUACGUGACGGAGGCGUGGCCAGGUCAGAGCGUCCGAUCGGUCCGUUCGUCGUUUACGCGCGUCGCGGCGUUCCUUCUCACCGACUGCCGAUGUCUUCCAGGAGCGAGCGCGGCGUCUGCCUUCACGAGUCUCAGUCGACUGUCGCGAGUGUUCAAGGACCAGCUGGUCUACCCGCUGAUCGCCGCCACGCGGGAAGCGUUGUGCCUGCCGGUGGCGUUCGGCCUGUCCGCGUUGCCUCCGGAGUUGAUCCUCCUGGUGUUGCGCCUGCUGGACGUCGUCUCCGUGGUGCGUCUGUCGGCCGUGUGUCGACACCUGAACGGCGCCGCCGCCGACGCGACGCUCUGGAGACAUCUGGUGCGGCGGGACUUCAGCGAUCACAAAUGGCAGGGAGAGACCAACUGGAAGGAGCUUUACAAAAGUUUCUACAAGUUCCGCCACAAGCGAGGCUGCGUGAACCGUCCGUGCUCCCUCCCCCCUUUCAUCCACCGCCCCGUCUUCAGCCCGGUCCCCGCCCCCUACCCGCCCAUCCCCGGAAUCAUCGGCGGAGGCUACGACCACCGACCGGCGGCCUUACCUCACGGCGCGCCGCCCACGCCUCGCUACGACCCCGUCGGCCCGCCCCUGCACGGCGAGCGGCGCCGGCGCAGCGACCCCCGACCCCCGGCCGGCGGCGCUCGGCCGGGCGACAUCCGCAGAGGCUUCGUCUGACUCGGACGGCCGCCGGCCGCGGCGCCGAUGUCGAGAAACGGCCGCAUCGCCGUGGCCGCGCCUCCCGGGUGCUCGGCCGUUCCCGAUUGGAUGCGGCGUCAUGGCGGGCUUUCGCAUCCAGGAAGUAUUUGGCCGAGCAAUACGCGCACGCUACAAGCUAAAGGUUCGGGCUACUCGGCAUUCCGGUUAAAUUUCAGAUGAACCGAAAGUGCACAAAAGGUGAAACCCGCAUAUUUGCCAUUCACCGUUUUCCACAUGAACCAGUCAGAGGUUUUGAGUUUUUCUUUGUUAGUCAUUUCAAAACUCAACUCGUUGCAGUUAUUGUGCUCAGGUAAAGCAUAAAAAUGACUUUGCGCCAUCGUGGGGCAUCUUGGUGCCAAGGAACUAUCUUGAAGUGAACUGAGCAAGUUUCAUUUCGACAAAAGUAGUGCUUUGAUGCCAUCGAGAAGAAAUUAUCGCGGAGCCCUGCCUUUUUGUAGUUCACCUUUUCAGAUUGGCCCAGUAGCUUAUUCACAUUUUUGUUUUUGGGGGGGGCUUGAUUUCCGGCUAAUUCAGUUUUUGACGAAUUUGUUUUUUUUCCAGAAUAUUUUUUUCCCCUGGGAGCAGCAGUUAUUUGCAAAUGUUCACGAUCCGUGGUCGGGCUCGGUCCCGCAAAUAGCAGGGGUCCGCCGUGUGAACCUUUUUUGGGGGGGUGUCGAUUACUUGCAGAUUCGAUAUUGUUUUCAAGAAAUAUUCACAAUGGAUCGGGACCGAGCCCUCACAACGGCGAGGCUUCAAACGGGAACCGGCCACUGACGGGACAGUCAAGAGUCUCAGUCGGUUUCCACACAGAUGCGGAGAGACUGGAAGAGUGACAGAAAGGUAUACAAGUAGAUGUCCGUCGACAUUUUUGUGGAUCAAACACUAGUUGGGAAUUUUGCUGUUUAGCUCCUUGUUGUCAAACCGCAAGGUGUGCAAAAAGUGCUGAACAUUCCGGACGAGUCUCGAGAAGGUCAAAAGAAGUCCACCUGGAAAAGCUCGAGUGCAUUUGAGGUUCAUUGGAAAUUUGACAUGAAAGCCCAAUAUCGCGCUUUUUGGGAGUGGCGUACAGAUUUGCUCUCGCGUCUUCAUUUGUUGGUGUGAUGGCUGGCUGCGGUGCCUGGAGGCUUUCUCCAUGCCGUUUGAAGAUUAGAUUUUUUAAAUGUUUAUGUUAUAUAUUUUUGGGGCACUGAUGUGACUUCAUUAAAGCAAAUGGUUGACA